UGUUUACUUGCCUCAAAUACUACUUAUAAGUUAACAAGCCAUAAAUCUUUGAUUAAUGAACGAAUAUACUUCUAUUGCAAAAACUGAAUAUGAUUUGAUUGUUCAUUUUAAAUUUCUCAUACUCGCAAGUUAAUUUAUGAUCGAACAUUUUUUUUCAAACUUAAGUGUAUUUUCUAUUGAUAAGGAAAACAACAACAUCAAACAGCAACUGACAAAUACACAUUUAAACAGGAAUUUGUAAUAUCAUUCAAGCCUACUAACAAACGUGCAAUACUUCUUCUGGGGCUUGCUGUUGUUGUAAGCAUAGAUUCAGUGCCAUUACGUGUCUGCAACUUCAAGAGCUAUGACCCCAAUACUCACAUCUGUUGUGGGGAGCCUAUUCGCACCGAUGGAAAGCCUCUUCAAUGCUGUCAAAUGGCGAACAAUACUGUUUACAACACAGAGAGCCAGGAGUGCUGUGGGAGCAGUGUGCAAAACAAAUCGAACAAACUGUGUUGUGAUGGGCAUUCUUAUGAAAAUGAUAACAACAAACUAGGUUGUUGCAAAGGCAAUGGAACAUCUGAGGUGUUCAUCAAAGAUAAGGGAAUCUGUUGUAACGGAAAUGUGAAUCAAAAGAGUGGCAGAAUGCGAUGUCUUGGCAAGAAAGCUGUUAAUUUCCCCUCGCAAAAUUCAGAUUUAGAAACUUGUGUUAACCGGACGUACAACAUAAAAGAAGAAGUUUGUUGCAACGAAACUGGUGAAGUGCUGAAGCGUCCUGAGACAGAUUUUUACAGCCGUUCCGUUUACAUUUGUCAAGAUGGUUUGCCGAUUGAUGCAAAUGACUAUCACGAGAAGGUGGAAAUUGUCAACGGGGCUAAAGCUGUGUUCCCUAAGCAAUUGAAACGUUGUGGAAAUGAGUACUUCAUUAAGAAUUAUGAGAAAUCCGGGAUCCAGUACCAUUGUUGUAACAGUCACCUGAGGAGGGCAGAUAUAGGGAAAAAUGUACAAUGCUGCGGUGCAGAAUUGUAUGACUUUGAUGAACGCAUUUGCUGCAAUAACACCCUGCUCAGCAUGGCAAGACCUCUCAAGUGCUGCGGAAACAUCUUUGACUACAAUAAGUACACUCACGACUGUUGCAAAGGAGAAGUUAUCCCCCGAAACUCUUCUGUGUGCGGAACAAAGGGACUUAAAAAAUCCAUUGUAAUUCUGCCACCAGGCCAUGACAAAGCUUGCUACAUUUCAACCAAGGUAGACUAUGAGACCUAUAGUUCAAGGACGCAUACCUGUCAUGAGUUCAAUCUGUACACGAAUCAGGAAUUUGAAAAGCUUAUGGAAAAUGAUGUAGUAUACAAUAUUGGACAUAUCGCAGACAUUAAGGAGAACAAAACAAGAACGGGGAAAAACCAGAAAGUCUUUUGCCCCUUCGUUGAAUGCACAAACAGCAAUGAAAGCAGCCGAGUGGAGUGUAGGAAGAGGAAUGAGCUCCGCUUCUUUGUGUAUGAAGUUCGACAAUCACCAGGGAUGAGCUCUUUUAAGGCUGUGAUCACCUAUCCUCCUAAACACGCGGGCAACACGGUAAGCCUGAGGACUAACUACAACUGUGAUGCCUGCUUCGAGCAGUAUGCCAGCUAUAGGCUCUUCACCAACAGGCUCUACACCAACAGGCGUACAAAAAGGUUCAGGAGAAAGCUCAGGUUUUCAGACCAAGACUAUCUAGUGAAAGAGGGGUCAGACUUCCACUGUACCAUUGAUCCCUAUGCGAAGAAACAACCAAGAAAAGGCUUAUAAUGUUAGUUAUUCUUUAGUGUGUGUAUCAUUUUGUUUAGUAUAUAUAUGAUGUUAUUAUCGUGUUUCAUUGAAUACUUUAGACAUUUCAAUUAACAUGACACAAAUGGGAGCCAAUCAGAAUGUUGGAGGUAGUUGGACAGAGUUGUAUAAACAUACAUUUUGAGUGAAACACCUUUAACAAAUUACUAAAUAAUGCAUUUAUUGAAAAUGUUAGAUACUGAUAACAAGAUUGUAACCUUGCAUUCAAUAGUUGUAAACACAAAAAUAUUAAAUGAUUGGUGAAUGCUAAAAGAUUUACUGUGAUCUACUAUAGACUCAUAAGGUAGAUAUACCAUGUUUUCUGCGCCUUUCUUUCAAAUUAAACUUGUUAUCCUUCAUAAGAACCAUUGUUGUCGACAUUUAUUCAUCCUUUUUGGUAUAUCAAAACAUUUAUAUUAAUUGCAGUAAUUUUAUUUCGGAGUAAGAGUACUAGUGCAUCUUUAAAUGCUCAAAAAAUGGGUUGAACAUGCAGUUGACAUGCUUAUUUUAAAAGUAUGUUUUAUUAUUUAGUAUUUCAUGAAGUGUUCAUCUCUAUUGAAAGAAAUCCAUUUUUUAGCCCAAAAUUUAACAUUUAUAAAUGCAAAUAAUCAAAAUUACCCCCAGUAUGCACUUCCAGUGACACUUUAUAACGAGCAUUGACUUUUUAUGAUAUUUACGACAUUUCAACUUCAUGUAUAAAUAUAUUGAAUAUAUAUGUAUUUUUGUACAUGUACAUGAUGUAUGCAUGAAUUGUAUGGGUUUUACAGAUUUAUACUUUUGGCAUCUAUAUUGUGAUGAUGUUGGGCAAAGGAAGUUAUUUUGGAAAACUUUGAAAACAUAGAAUGUUAUGCACUAAUGGAAUUUUGUAUUAAAUGUGUUAUGUAUUAAGAUGAAGGCAUCUUGAAAAACAAGUUAUAUAGUUUUGAUUUCAAAUCAAAUAAGGCAUAUAGGGUAUCAUUACAUUAAUUUGGAGAACUGCUAUCGCUUUUACACUAUAUUUAUAUGGGGCGUCAUUACAUUAAUUUAGAAAACUGCUGAAACUUUUACACUACAUUUUUAUAGGGCGUCAUUACAUUAAUUUGGAAAACUGCUGAAACUUUUACACUAUGUUUAUAUAGGGCGUCAUUAAAUUAAUUUGGAAAACUGCUGAAACUUUUACACUACAUUUUUAUAGGGCGUCAUUACAUUAAUUUGGAAAACUGCUGAAACUUUUACACUAUGUUUAUAUAGGGCGUCAUUAAAUUAAUUUGGAAAACUGCUGAAACUUUUACACUAUAUUUUUAUAGGGCGUCAUUACAUUAAUUUGGAAAACUGCUGAAACUUUUACACUAUGUUUAUAUAGGGCGUCAUUAGAUUAAUUUGGAAAACUGCUGAAACUUUUACACUAUAUUUUUAUAGGGCGUCAUUACAUUAAUUUGGAAAACUGCUCAAACUUUUUCACUUUAUUUAUAUAGGGCAUCAUUACAUUUAUUUGGAGAAAUGAGAUUCUUAUAAAUCACUAGUAAAAUAGCUUUUGUAGGGUCAAAUCAUGUAUGUACACAUGCCCUUGUUCCUGUUUUUUAAGUAAAGGCAUUAAUGUAUAAAGGUUUUACUUCUUGCACACACAGCAAUCAUUUAUGUAGUUAUCACAGGCAAACAAUCAACAUGUACAUUCAUUCCAAGGUCAGUAAUUUAUUUCAUUCAUCAUUAAUACUACUAUAUUAUUAAGGGUACACAAUUACAGUUUUGAUGAAAUUAUAUAGGGCUCUAUCACUCUCAGAAAGAAUCCUCAUAGUUCAAUAUAUAAAUCUUUCGGUGCCAUCAUUCAUUUAAGCUUUUCAGUGUUUUUGAAGAAAAAGGUGAAGGUUUUGUAACAGCCUUAUAUGUGUUUUGUUUAACCAUCUAUUCAUGUACAACUGGUCCCUUAGCUCUGGUUGAAAGAUGUAUUGAGUAAUGUAAACACAUGAGCACUUGUGGUUCUGUAUUAUAUAGAUUUUCACAAUUUUUGAAUGUCAUUUUAUGUUUUCAUAUCAUUUCAUUUUGUGAGUGUUCUGCCAGCAUUACACUACAAUUUUUAUGUUUAUUUAUUGUAUAUAAUAUGGUUUCAUUAUUUUGUGUACUGUCAUUUGUCACUUGGUUAAAAAAAUCACCAUAUAAGUCAUUUAAAUUCUAAAUACUUGAAAUACAAAUUGCCAGUUUUUUUUAAAGGGGACUCGCUCAUGGUUUGUAAAAUACAAAUUUUUAUUACAAAAUGAAGUGUGGUAAAUCAUAAGACGUCAGUUUAUCAACUAUUUCUUGACUUUACCGUCAUGGGUUUGCCACCCAAUAUAACCAAAAUAUUAUAUUAUACUUUAGUUGUAUUUUUUUCUACAAUUCUGGUAACAUAGACUAAAUUAAUGAAGAAAUAAGUGUUCUAAGAUGCAUUACAGGGAAAACUAAUUUUUUGGUCCAAGAACAUGAACGAGUACCUUAAAUGCAGCUCUUUAAUGUAAUCAUUUUUUCUCAGGAAUAUUUUUAACAUGAUUUAAGGGUUGAAAAAGGACAGUUAUUAAAUGUAAUAUUUUCAAGUAUUUCUCUUUGUAUAAAUUUUCUUUUUAAAGAAGUUGCCCAAUAUUGCCAUUGCAUAAAUUUUGCUCAUUAAUAUUUGAUAUUUUCAUUAUUCCCACAAAUGUUACCUGAGUACAAAUUGCUCAAGGUUAGCUAUUGUGAUCGAUCAGUGUCUGGUGUCCAUUGCCUGUCCUUUAUUGUCCGUCAUCCAGUAUCAACAUUUUAAAACUUAACAUCUUAUUUUCAGAAACCCCAUGGGCCUGACUCAUGAUAUUUAGUAUGCACUGUCAGGAAAUGGUCCUUUACCAAAAUUGUUCAAACUAUGCCCCUGGGGUUAAAAGUGCCCCCCCCCCCCCACAGGGGUCACAAGUUUUCUAUAUACCUAUAUAGUUUAAUCUUUACCACUGAAUAAAACCGCAAGGCCAAGACCCUUAAUAUCAUGUAGAAGUCUUUAACCAACAUCCGCACUAACAACGGACUUGUUGACUAGUCAUUUUAAUCAGGUGAGCGAAAAAGGGCCUCUUGAUUGUACUAUGUCUCAAUCCAUGUCAGUGGAAACGUUUUAAAAAGGCAAGCAACUGAAUUUAUGAUAGAUAAUUAUUAUUUGAACAAAGUAUUUUUAUGUUUGUUUUUAGCUCACCUGAGCACGAAGUGCUCAAGGUGAGCUAUUGUGAUCGCCCUGUGUCCGUCGUCGUCCGUUUCCAUUGUCCGUUGUCAACAAUUUGACUGUUUACACUCUAGAUGUUACAAUUUGGGCACUAUCUAAAUGAAACUUGGUCAGAAUGUUACCCUCAAUAAAAUCUUGGAUAAGUUCGAUAUUGGGUCAUCUGGGGUGAAAAACUAGGUCACCAGGUCAAAUUAAAGGAAAAGCUUGUUAACACUAUAGAGGUCACAUUUAUGACUGCAUCUUCAGGAAACUUGGUCAGAAUGUUAAUAUUAAUACUCUCUAGGUCAAGUUCAAUUCUGGGUCAUGUGCAGUCAAAAACUAGGUCACCAAAAUCUUGUUAACACUCUAGAGGUCUAAUUUUAUGAAUUUAUCUUCAUGAAAAUUGGUCAGAAUGUUUAUAUUAAUAGUCUUUAUGUCAAGUUUAAAUCUAGGUAAUAUGCGGUCAAAAACUAGGUCACCAGGUCAAAUCAUAGGUAAAGCUUGUUAGCACUCUAGAGGUCACAUUUAUGACUGUAUGUUCAUGAAACUUAGUCAGAAUGUUUAUAUUAAUUAGCUCUAGGCCGAGUUCAAAUCUGGGUCAUGUGCGGUCAGAAAGUAGGUCACCAGGUCAAAUAAUAGGAAAAGUAUUUUAACACUCUAGAGGGCACAUUUAUGACCAUAUGUUCAUGGAACCUGAUCAGAAUGUUAUUGUUGAUAAUCUUUAUUGGAUCAGGUGAGCGAUUCAGGGCCUUCCUUCAGGGCCCUCUUGUUUAAUAUAUAUGAAAUACUCGAUUAAAUUGAACAUUCAUGGCAUAUUUGAACACACGUUUGAACUUAACUUCAUGACAUAAAAUAUUUUGAAAGUAUAUUGACAGUACUUAUUAUGUUGAAAAUAAACUCAAACCAAACUUUGUU